UACCAGAUUCUCCGGCGGGAGCCUCAGCUGAAACAAUAGAAUCUGAGUCCUUGAGACGGGGGGGCGGGGUCGAAGGGAUAACCCGAAAGAAAGAUUCCAUUUUCCGGCUGCCGCUACCGUCUUUGUUAGCGGCAGCCGGAACCGGGAGAGAAAGAGAGCGGUGUAUAUGCACUUGCGGCGGUGGCUGCUGUUGCUGCACCGCUCCUUUCGAGGACCCCUUCGUCUUGCAAGCGGCGGCAGCACACUCUGCCGCCAGCGGAUUCGUUUUCCCCACCGGAGUGAUGGGUAGAGACGACGUCCUCUUGAUCCCCGGCGAAAACAUCUUCGACAGGGACCAAGACCUUGAAAUGGAAACUUUAUUAUUAUGAUUUUCUUCUUGAUGACCGGGUUCGGUUUCUGGGCUCGGCUUCUCCAUGAAGUUCAGUUUGGGAAGGAAAUUCUUGAUGGAUGAUGAUGACGACGACGAUGAUUUGGUCCCUCUCGGCACAGGCCGGCCUGGAGAUACUCCAUUAACAGGCCUGUGCUGGGAAGGAAUAUUGGGAUUCAAAUGGAAAUUCACUUUCUUCGCAGGCGUCGCCGAACGCGCCUUAACGUCAACCGCUACAACGCUCUCUUCUCUCCGUAGAUUUGUGGGUGCGGAUGAACUCUCCGCCUGAGGAAUUGGAAUGGAAAUUUCUUCAGGAUGAGCCAUUGUUAUGUGGACUUGAUGAUCUUCUUCAUCUUUAGUGAAGAAAAUUUGUUUCUUUUCCAUGUUGGUGAUAUGCCACUGAAUUAACUUUGAAAUUAAAGGUUUUUUUUCACUGCAGAGCGAGGCGAUUUAAUAUAUUUGUUGCUGGUGA